AUGUUGGUAAUAAUGUUACGUGACACUUUGCGAACAAAAUCAGUUGCCGAAGUGUUUGAUAUUUUUCCGGCAAGAUAUUCCCGGGGGUGAUGCAGAAUGUCGCCUGGGUUUCAAAUAAUUUCAUUCAAAACGUAAGCCGGUUGAUUUUAGUCUCGGUUCAACAAAGGAAUUCAUGUUACCAUUUGCAACAAGAUCUUCGACAGUAGUGCCCAUAAAUUUUUCGUACGCACGAUAUAGCACAAUACUGACUCCGGUAGGGCACUUGGAUUCUGUUAAAACAUCGAUCGCCGCCGUGAGAGUGUUAGAGUAUGCAAGGAUGCUGUUUUUCCAAAUUGCGCGGCGCUUCCAUUAAUCGUUUGUGUUUACUUCAGUGGUGUAAGGAUCAGAAUAUGUUCUCAUUGUGAUAGGUUAAAACUCAGCUGAAUCUGAAUUUCGUUGCACGUUUCCGUUAAUAAAGAUGAGCGGGGAAAUGUUCGAAGGAAAGGAUUAUCCAACUCAAUGGGCGCUUAAUCCUUCCGCCUAUCAAAACAUGAGUAACGAUCAAGUGGACUGGGCGGCUCUGGCGCAACAGUGGAUAAAAAUGAAAGAGACUGUUGUACCACCAGCACCGCCACCACCUUCUAUAAACUCUAUGUGUUCCGCAAAUGAUGGCAGUGGAGAGGCACCAAUGGAUAUGGACACCAAAGAUGAUGACGUCCCUCCUGCUCCUCCUGCGCCAACUAUUAGUGGAUCCGAAGCUUGGACUCAAUGGAGCCAGUGGGGUCAUUGGAAUACUUCAGCAUCUGGGACAGGAAGUUGGGAAUGGAGUGGCGUACCUCCUCCUGGUGUUACCAUAGGUCCUGAUGGCAAACCAAUUGGGCUUCCAGCUGUACCAGUCAUACCACCUGCGCCAGUAAUAUCUACUACUACUGACUUUACUGCUCCUCCUCCUGCUUCGUCAUCGCUUUAUUCAUAUAAUUCAGUGCAGUCUACACAACCAUACAAUCAGGUUCCUAACUAUUGGUCUGAAGAGCCGUCUAACUCAGUGCCAUCGCAGCCACCUCCUUUCAUAAAAGGCAUGAGACAUGCUAAUAGAACACCUCACAUAAGAGUGAUGGACUCUGUUCGAUGCCGAGAUGACAGAGAGAAGACACCGGAGGAAGAUACUACCACAACCAUAGAUGCCGCAAAACGAAGGCAAUUACCAGCAUGGAUCCGCGAAGGAUUAGAAAAAAUGGAGAAGGAAAAACAGAAAGCUGUGGAAAGGGAGAGGCUAGAGAUAUUAAGAAAGCAGGAGUUGGAGGCUCGUAAGCAAGCCGAGGACGAGGCGCGCGCAGUACUCAAUCCUAGCAAGAGCAAAUUUGAUUCAGACUCGGAAAAGGAAACCGAGCAGGACUUUGAUGCGGAUAGCACGCGUGGACAGCAACCUGCGGAAAAGAGCUACGAUCGCACUCCGGAUAUCGUCGUUCGGCCGCGAAAGUCACGAUUUAGGGAUGCCGAUUCACCCGAAUCUCAUGCGGACGCUGACGAAAGUCCCACUGCCGUACCCAGUGCGCUACCGGUCACGCAGAAACGGUCUCGAGAGGAGGUCCUGCAGGAAGUGAUGUUGAAAGUAAGGAGAUCACUGACAGAAAUACUUCUGGAAGUAACGAACGAAGAGAUCGGUUCAAUAUGCAGAGAGGUUUGGAGCCGCGCACGUGCCAAAGGAGAGACCCCCGUCGCAUCCCUCAACAACAUGGCCCCUCUUGCUCAGAUCACUCGCAAGCUCGGUCUGGGCAUCUACGGCGACAGUAACAGCGAGUCCGAGGAGGAGCAGGGCGAGCACGCAACGAUUCAGAAUGACGACAGCGACGAGGAGCUGAAGGAAACUCUGAGACGGCGACAGCAGGCGUUUCGUAAAACUGAGGAAGAGAUCGAGGCGCGGAUCGCCGAGGAUGAAGAAAGGGAAGAGCGUCAGGAGGAGCAGUACAGUAAUAAGCAACAGGAAAAUCAUACCGGUAAUACUAGCUGCCGGGAGUCAGUUGAUGAAAAAGAAACGGUAAAUAAUCAAAGAGAAGCGUCCGAAACUUUGUCGAGUGGCGGACAAAGUCCACAAUCGGCGGCGCCGCAGAACGCGCCGGUGGCCGACGGACAGCAGGCGAAAGCCAGCAGCACGGUAUCGGGAUCGGCCGACUCCGAGUCGAGCAGCACCGAUUCCACGAGCAGCUCGUCUGAGUCGAGCCACGAAUCCGUCAGCAAGAAGCACGACAAAGCGCGUUCGAGCAAGCAGCAGUCGCAGUCGCAACAGCGUGAGCAGCAGCAGCGCGAUCAACGUUACCACCGGCGGCGAAAAUCCAAGAGUAGAAGCAAGUCGCGCAGUGGCAGACGAUCCACCCGGUCUUCGCGCUCGUCCGAACGCACGCACAAGCGACGAUCACGCUCGAGAUCGGCCAAAUCGCGUAAGCGCUAUCGUUCGCGCUCCUCGCGCUCAUCUAGCGAUCAUGGGUCCAGCAGGAAACACCGUGCGCGAUCGCGCGAUGGGAAACGCGCGAGAUCGCGUUCGCGUAGCUGCCGACGCUCCAGGUCACUGUCCGCCGGUGGGAAAUGGUCGUCGCGGUCGCGUUCCCGCAGGGGAAAGUCCCGCUCGCAUUCCAGAGACAGGCGGAGGAACAGCCGAUCGCGUAGCAAGUCGUCACGUGGAACGAAACGAAGAGGAUCGCGCUCGAGGUCGCGCGGCGGCAGGGAGAGAUCGCGCAGCCGUUCGAGGGAUCGUAGGCGAUCGAGGUCGUAUGUUUCCAGGAGGAGCCGGCGGAGCAGCCGAUCCAAAUCGCGGGAUCGGAGUAGAAAAACGCGAUCCAGGUCGCGACAGUCGAGCCACCGCGAUGGUAAGAAGUCAUCACAUCGAUACAGGAAUUGAGCCUGAUCUGCUCUUAGCCCAAAAGGUUGUAUGUACAUUCAUUUUCAUUAUAGCAUUAACAUAGGAUAACGUAAAAGGCAGUGAUACAAUUAUUUGGACAAGUUCGUCGUCUGAAAUCAGAAAUUAUUUUCGAAAAUUUUUCUCUAUUUUUUUUUGUUUUUCGUUAUAUUACUACGUACGUAUUCAGAUGAUUUAUUGUGUUUACGAAAUGUUUUUCAUGGAUUUUACGAGUGACAAUAUUUACGUAGUUAUACUUUAUGUAUAAACAAUGCCAUUUCAUCAAUGCACAUCUUUCGAUUCUAUACUAUAAUUAUGGUGCUUUGCGUAUAAACUAUUUUUUUUUAUUUGCUUUUAUCUUAGAAUAUUUAUUACUUUCUUUUCUAAUUACGAGAUAAUUAGAGACUAAUGGGCAUUUAUACAAUAUAUUUUUAUUUUCUCUUUCCAUCGGUUUUCACAUAUUGAAUAAAAUUUAUGUUAUUAGAAAAGUAUAUAGUAAAAUAAUUUAUUCUUAAGAAAUGGAAGACAUUGAAACUUGCUCAAUAGAUUUCAAGAGUUUAGUAGCAGCAGCGUAUAAUGCAAUAAAAUUACUUAACUUUGUAGAUUUUGUGCAAUUGUGUUAUGACAGAUUUAUUAGGUUUAGGUAUGAUAAGUAGCAUUAAAAGGAUUCGAGAUAGGAUUUAUUAAGAUGCAUCCGAAAUUGGCAAAUAAUUUAUAUGUGUAUUUUAUCGAUCUUCAAAAUGAUGGGCUGAAACAAACCAAGGCAAUAAGGUUACUAACGUAAAAUAUAAUUUCAUAAUAAUAAAUAUUUUUUCCACUCAGUUUACUAAUUUUCUGUGAAAUGUGUGUUUAUUUUAAUUAACUAACACAAAUUGAAACAUUUUUUUAAUUAAUACAAAUAAAAUUUACAAAAGUAUAGUGUCUAUAUUUUAUUUUUAAUAUCGAAGUAACCAAUAUUCUUAUUAAAUAUAUAUCUAUUCUAAAUAUAUAUAUAUACUUAUUAAUAUAUCUUUGUUUGUUUCAAGACUUCAUUUAUUGAUGAUAUAUUUCAAAUAUGAAAAAGUAAUGACUAGUCAUGCGUUUUUAUGCAUAAUAUUCAAUCGCCUACACAAUUAAUGUUCAUACAUGAUAAAUUCGUACAAUUUACAAUUCGUGAUGAAAUAAUGUAAUAUAUAAAUGACACUAGAGAACUAUCACACUUUUAUUAAAUAAAUGAAUUACUAACUGCUACCUAAGAAUCCAUUAGAAUGUAGAUCCCAAAAUGAAGAAAAGUGAAAAGCAAUAUAGUUCGAAUGCAUAUUUUUUUGUCAGAAGAUAAAAAAAAUAUGCCAUUUAUAUAAAGUGUAAUUACUAAUUGCUCGUUCGUUCUUUCAAAAAGUGCAUCGUUCGUCUCAUACGCGGAUUUGGCACAUGAAAGCAAGUCGGAAAUCGUUUUAAACUUCCAACGAGCUUUUUUCAUAGAUGUCAGUUACGAAAUUGUAGCAUUGUUAGAAACGCACACACUUUUAUACAGUGAAUGCUAUAUUACAUUUAGUAUCAGUAAACACUAAAUGUUGCCGGAUAAAAUCCGUGCGCGAAUUUACGCGUACACUUUUGUUGAUAUCCAAAAUUAUUAUAUUACGUUCAAUGUUAACUAUAUAUAAAUAUAAAUAAAUGUUAUUGAAUUCGGAAAGUACAUAGUGGCGUACGAUUUGUACUCGAAUUAGGACAGAAAAUCUAUACAAGAAAAAUCUAUCAAGAAACGUGUCUGGAUUUUAAUAAAAAAAAAAAAAGAAAAAAAAGGAAAGAAAAAAAACGAAAAGACCGCUUUAACGUAGAUUAAAGAAUAUUGUUCAACCAAAUUGAUCGAUCAAUAUUUUGUAGAUUGAAUGUGCAUCAGGAUUUCGACACGAGUCCUAGAACUCUUAUUUUGUUUCAGCAUCUUCCACUGGCUUCCACUCGGCUUCAACAUUUCACUUUUCAGUUCGGCUCUUCAACGUUUCACGAUUCAGUUCACCGACAUACACAGCAUUAUGGUACAAUUACAGAGUUUCCGAAUAUAUCACAUUCAAUAAUACUUAAGGCUAUGUUAUAAAUUUGUGUUAUGUUAUUCGCUAACAUAUAAAAGUCUAUUUCUCCUUUUUAAAGAAUAUAUAUGUUUCUCUCACACAAGCGCUACGCGUGUUUGAACAAACAUGCGUGCAAAAAUUUAUAUGAUUACGCGGCAGCCAAACAUGAUGAAUAAAGUUACGAAAGGUAA